AUGUCUGGUGUUAGCAAGGCUUGUUGCACUAUUCCCCCCAUCAUCGCCAAGGACUAUCAGCCCAAGGGCGAGUACAAGACUAUCAAUGGCUUGAAGACAUACGUCACCGGCCCCGCCGACGCAACAAAGGCCAUCCUCGUCAUCUACGACAUCUUCGGCUUCUUCCCCCAGACCCUGCAAGGCGCCGACAUCCUCUCCUCCUCGUCGGCGCAAAAAUACCGCGUCUUCAUCCCCGACUUCUUCGAGGGCGAACCCGCAGACAUCACCUGGUUCCCGCCCAAGACCGACGAGCACAAGGCGAAGCUAGGGAAUUUCUUCAACACAAAGGCUGCGCCGCCCGCGACGCUCUCCAAGAUCCCGGGCGUCGUUUCCGAGGCGAAUCGUCUUGCGCCCGGAGGGUCCAAGUUCGAGUCGUGGUCCAUUCUGGGAUACUGCUGGGGCGGCAAGAUUACGGUGCUUUCGGCGGGCGAGCAGAAUACGACGUUUAAGGCGGCUGUGCAGUGUCACCCGGCCAUGCUGGAUCCGAAGGAUGCGCUUGGGGUCAGUGUGCCCAUGGCGCUGUUGGCGUCCAAGGAUGAAAAGCCCGAGGAUGUUAGUGCCUUUGCGGCGAACCUGAAUGUGCCCAACUAUGUCGAGACGUUCCCGGAUCAGAUCCAUGGGUGGAUGGCUGCGAGAUCGAACUUGGAGGAUGAAAAGGUGCGCAAGGAGUAUGAGCGGGGGUAUCGCACUGCGCUGGACUUUUUGCAGAAGCAUGCGUAG